AUGCUACGUUCAAGGGCCCCACUACGGGGGGAUGAUGAUGCCCCGUCGGAAUCUUCGAAUUCCACUUCUCCGGAGCGUGCGGCGGAAGAUGAUACUGAUUUUUUCAUGCAUCUGGCGAAUGACUCGGAGUCCUCAGUGGGAAUGGGCAUCUUUCGAGAUCUCAAUGUCAAUAUUAACCCCGACGCUGUUCUCCCACCUAUCUCCCGCCUACCUCCCGAGCUCCUAAUUUCCAUAUUCACAAAACUCAAUUCUCCCUCGGAUAUGCUGAGAUGCAUGCAGGUGUCUCGGACCUGGGCAAUCAAUUGUGUGGGAAUACUGUGGCAUAGACCCUCUUGUAACACUUGGGAUAACCUGGAAAGAGUGGUAAGGGCGUUUACUGAACCAAACAGCUAUUUUCAUUACCACGACCUCGUGAAACGACUAAACCUGUCCGCCCUGAAUAAAAAGAUCUCCGACGGAUCAGUGGUUCCCUUCUCGCGUUGCAAACGAAUUGAGCGCCUGACUCUGACUAAUUGCUCCAUGCUUACGGACAACGGAGUGUCGGAUCUUGUGGAUGGGAAUAAACAUCUCCAGGCUUUAGAUGUCUCCGAUCUCAAGUCUCUGACGGACCAUACUUUGUUUGUAGUCGCAAGGAACUGCCUGAGACUUCAGGGAUUGAACAUUUCCGGCUGCAUCAAGGUGACAGAUGAAUCACUUAUCUCCAUUGCAGAGAAUUGUCGUCAAAUUAAGAGGCUGAAAUUAAACGGGGUUGCUCAAGCCACUGAUCGGUCAAUACAAUCAUUUGCUGCGAACUGCCCAUCCAUAUUGGAAAUAGACCUUCAGGGGUGCAGGUUAAUAACCAGUUCGUCCGUCACCGCCCUUCUAUCUACCCUUCGGAACCUUCGAGAAUUAAGAUUGGCCCAUUGUACCGAGAUUGACAACAACGCUUUUGUCGACCUUCCCGAUGAGCUAGUAUUCGACAGCCUUCGGAUCUUGGAUCUGACUGCAUGCGAAAACAUUGGGGAUGCAGCUGUGCAAAAAAUCAUUAACUCCGCACCGAGGUUGAGAAACUUAGUUUUAGCAAAAUGUAGAUUCAUCACUGAUCAUUCAGUGUAUUCUAUUUGCAAACUAGGGAAGAACAUCCAUUACAUCCAUCUAGGCCACUGCUCCAACAUUACUGAUACUGCGGUAAUUCAGCUGAUCAAAUCAUGCAACCGUAUCCGAUAUAUUGAUUUGGCAUGCUGCAACAGAUUGACAGACAACAGUGUCCAGCAAUUGGCUACUCUUCCGAAACUGAGACGGAUAGGUCUUGUCAAGUGUCAGGCAAUUACGGAUCGCAGUAUACUGGCCCUAGCAAAGUCUAAAGUGUCUCAGCAUUCUUCAGGGACUAGCUGUCUGGAACGAGUACAUCUUAGCUACUGCGUCCACUUGACAAUGGAACAACGCGAUGUUUUUUGUGUGCCCUGCGGCGAAGGAGUCAGCGCUUUGCGUGAUUUCCUUAAUCUUACAAUGGAUCCUUAUCGCCUAGAGACCGAAGAUGGAACGAUGUAUGACAAUUCUGAUGAGUUAGACGAAGCGGAGGGUCAAAUGACGGGCCUUAUGCAUGCCGCCGUCAUUAAUGAUGAAGAUGACAGUGAGAUAAUGGAUGGAGGAACCCCGGCUGCCCCUCUCGGAUGA